UAAUCAAGUACGCCGUACAACCGGAUGUCAACAAAACAUCGCUGUUGUCAUUUCACUGAACUACAUGCUUGUAAAGUGAGCGGAGGGGAAAAUGUGUGAGCACGCUAUAUUACAAAGUGGAUAUCACCACCCCGUUUUACGUGAAUGGCAAACAACAAAUACACAGAUUAAGGCAGAAAAUUUGAUUUAUCCAUUGUUUAUUACAGAUGAGGAAGAUGCUGUACAGGAGGUUGCCAGUAUGCCGGGUGUUGCCAGAUAUGGCAUCAACAGGCUACGAGAGGCACUGGAACCAAUGGUGAAAAAUGGCCUGAAAUGUGUGCUUAUAUUUGGCGUGCCCAGUAAAUUACCAAAGGACAAUAAUGGCACAGCAGCAGAUACCCCUGACACCCCAGCUAUUCUUGCCAUCAAAAUGUUGAGAAGCUGGUUCCCUGAUUUACUGGUGGCCUGUGAUGUGUGUCUCUGUCCUUACACCUGCCAUGGGCACUGUGGUAUUUUACGUGAAGAUGGAAGCAUUGAAAAUAUAGCAAGCAUCAAGAGACUGGCAGAGAUAGCUGUUAACUACGCCAAAGCAGGAUGCCAAAUUAUCGCUCCAUCAGACAUGAUGGAUGGAAGAAUUGGCUCAAUAAAAACAGCUCUGACAGAAGCUGGGUAUGGGAAUAGGGUGGCAGUCAUGAGCUACAGUGCUAAGUUUGCCUCCUGCUUCUAUGGACCAUUCAGAGAUGCUGCCAAAUCAGCCCCUUCAUUUGGUGACAGAAAGGCUUACCAGUUGCCAUCAGGUUCCAUGGGUCUAGCUGAGCGUGCAGUGGAGCGUGACGUGAAGGAAGGUGCCGACAUGUUAAUGGUCAAACCCGGUCUGGCUUACCUGGACGUAGUCAAAAUGACCAAGGAUAGGUACCCCACACAUCCAUUAGCUAUUUACCAAGUGUCUGGUGAAUAUGCUAUGUUGUACCAUGGUGCUAAAGCAGGUGCGUUUGAUUUAAAGACAACUCUGAUGGAAGUGUUAGUCAGUAUGAGGCGAGCAGGGGCAGACAUUAUCAUUUCAUACUUCACGCCGCAGGUCCUGGAAUGGCUCAAAACAUAGGAGUGAUGGGGUUGACAAGACAGAGAAAAAACAAAGUUGUUUAAAUUAUUACCUGAAGAUGUAGAACUGACUGAAUAUUAUACACAGAAAGAAGUCAAUUUUUAAAAAAAUUUCAGUAAUGAAAUUGGUUAUCAAAUAUUGACUGUUUUAAUGCAAGAGGCAGUAUUAAAAUUGGAUGAUGUUUUUCAUAUUUCAUGGGGUUUUAAUCUUUUUAACGAAACAGUUUCUCAUUUAGUCAAAGACACAAAUUUGGUAAAUGUGAAUGAUGAUUUGAGGCACUUACCAAAAAAUUACUUUGUUGAUUAUGAAAUGUACAUUUUAUUUUCAAUAACUGUCAGAAUAUUAAUUCUGGGCUUACAACAUGUUUUAUUACAAGAAUUGGUUGUCAGUGCAUAGAAUGAGCGAUGAUGAAAUUCUUUCUUUUGUUAUCUAAUUACAAAUACACAUGUAUUAGUGUUUUCCACAGAGGUUUUUAUAGAGGUACAUGAAUAGUAAAUAACGAAUUCAGUUGAAAAAUAUAUGGCGUUGUGAACAGCAUUUUCAUUUGUACCAUGACAAGCUGGAUGACAACAUUUCAUUAGACCAAAAUGAGGAAUAUUAAUUUCAGAUUAGGUGUUUAUGGUCAAAAUUUCUCCCAUUUCAUUUGAGUUUGAUCAUAAUAUAUAAAAUGUGUUCAAAGUAUUAUAUUUUUUUCAUGUACAAAUCUAGGGCACUAAAUAAUUUGAUGUGGUCUAUAUUUCAUAUCAUUAGUAACAUACAGUGGCAUUAAAAUGGAACAUAUCCAAAAAUUUAUACAUACAUGUAUAAAAUGUGUCAUAGAGACCUAAUUUUAAUUAAUGAAAUUCUCAGAUAUGUAUUAAAAAAAAAAAAUAUAAACAUUGAUGAGACUAUGAAUUGUUAUCAAAUGAAAAUAAAUUAUUUAAUGUUAAA